GAUGAAAUGCGGAAGAUACGCUCACUAAAUUUGUAGAAGGUCCUUCGGCAGGGCGCUUUGUUUCUUUUUUUCUUUCGACGCUAACAUCAAUGUGAGGAUGAUACAGGAGAGGGCGAAGGGAGCUUGAUUGGACAAAGAAUUGUCCACCGAAAUAUUGGCAAAGGAGGACAACUCUGGACAGCAGCACGACGUCAUAUCAGAUGAAGCAGCGGGUGGCGUUUCGCAUGCUGAGGCAGUUGGGCUUCGUUCCCAACGCCGAGGGCAGCAUUGUGAUUCGUGAGGAGGAGCACGCCGAGCUUUACGAGUCGCUGCUUUCCUUGGGUUUGCUGCCUCUCCGGCCCGCCUCCGCGGUUCGGAACGAAGGCGGCGGCGGAAAUAGUCGCCAACCAGUAUUGCAGUGAAAAAUGCCCCCCAUCCCUAAAUUGCAAAAGUUUGUGAUGCGAAGUUUCCAAAUGAAAACUUUUUGUCAUGCAUGAAAGGAGUAUGGAUCUUUCUGAUGCAGAAUGUAGGCGUGUAUCGCAUCGCUUGCAUGACAAGUGCCGCUCUUGCUAGGGUCUCGUGCAAUCCAAAUUUUUGCUAUUCACUAUUGAAAACCUGUGAUGCUGAUAGAUGCAAGAGGGCGAGUGUUUCAUUUGGAAAGGUUUGCAAUACAAAUGCUCCCAAGUUCGGGGGUGGGGGCAGUUUUCAUUGUAAUAACCAGGCGUGAUCCGGGUUCGGGAAGAUGGCAGCGCGGACUAUCAAAUGCAAAAAUGUCUGGGUCUGGAAGGUUGAAACUUGUGAUGCGCAUUUCAGAACACAGAAAAAUCUCUCAUGCAUAGGCAGCAAAAGUUGCCCAUUUUGUGUCACCAAAGUCAGAGAUCUGUCAUGCGGAUUCUGCAUUGCGAACGCUUCUCGAAACCUGUGAUGCUAGAGCUUCCAUGCCAGACCUUCUGUGUCAUGCAAAAGCAGCAUGAUUCUUCCAGACCCAGACAUUUUUACAUUUGAUACGGACCGGUUUCUCGCGAAACAUUUUCCAGGUCCUGGAGGAGUAGAUCCCGAACUGCAAGGCGGCAGGGGUACUAGCUUUGGGUCCAAGAAGAUGCAGUUUCCGUUUCUGGCAAAGUUGCUGGAAGCAGACAAUGAGGAAGGUGCGCAGGAGCCAUCCGAUCUUCCCAACGGUUGUGCAAGAGUGAGGUCUGCGACGGCUUCCCUGACGCAGGCGGCGAAAGAGGCGGUGCUGCGACACAGAAUCGCCCAGCACGCGGCUGCAAAUGUAGUUGAAAUUAUGGGAACUACUUCUUCUACGCCAGAGGACGAGCACGUCGACGGGGUUGGAGGGUCAUCUGCCUGUGCGGAACUACAAGGAGCAAGAAGACGACUUCAGCACGAGAGGUUUGACCUGAGCAAGGCGGAACCGCACGAGAUCUACAAUGAGAAUUACCACGUCACCAUUUGCCACGACGAGCUCGAGGACGAGGCGUUCGUGGACGCCUUUUUCACCGAGCAGUUGCUUCCCGAGUUCCCCGGUGGCAAUCACGAUCAUCUCCGUCCGAUGUAUUCGUCGGAAGACCAACAUCCGUGCUCGCCUUCCUCUUUCUUUGCGGGGAAAAGAAACGCAGCCAGUGGCGGGAGCGGAUUUAUGGCUGGCAGGAAGGUCGACAGAACUACGAAAGAAUUUUCACAGGGGCGGGUGAACAACCUUUUUCUGAAGCAGAAGAAGACUUCUAGAGGAGAUGCGGCCACCAGGGAUCAUCGCCCCAACAGGCAAGGCAGAGACCAGGGCGAGAAGGAGAUGAGAGACAAGGGAGGUGCAGCAGUGGCAGAAACGCCGCUUUCUGCACGGGCGAAAAACCGUCUGGGCAUUCUUCCGCCCGAAGAACAUGACUCCGAGGUCACCUCCGAAAGGAGCGGCAAAGCGACCCGCCCGGGGUCGGGACGAGGCACCGCUUUUAAGGCGGGAUCCUCAUCAGCGGGGAGUAGUGCUGCGUCUGGUGCGGCCGCGCACGGCCACGGCUCGUUUCCGGUGGCAGGCGGGCGAGGUGGACCUGUGUUAUUCAGUGCAAAUUGUUCAUCUGAAAUUCCAAAAGUACGGCGGACGCGGAAGUUCGUUACUUUAGCUUGGCAUCAAAAGCGAUGUGAUGCUGCCUUAUAUUUGCAGAAGAGUUUCUGUUUAGUCCACCAUAGGGGGUGAGUUGCUGAUGUCAGUAUCACUUCCGAAAACCACCUACAUCGCGUUAAGCUUUUAGACGGGAGAACGCAGAAGAAGAAGUCCUUGGUCAGAUGAUGUGCAGCCGUGUUGAGUCAUGAUAGAUUAGUAAUUUGCACUGUAUGCUAUCCCAGCACGGCGUAUACGGAGGCCAAUUUCCAAUACGAGUUGCAGCACCAGAGGAUCCACUCCUCUCCGUCGGCCCGGAGGAGGCGGCGGUUGCAAAGCUUCGAGAAGAAAAUCAACGCGCCGCCAAAAAAAUCUUCCGCCGCUGCGAAUGCGGAGGCAGUCGAGGACGUUGCUGAGAAUUCGGGUACUAGUUCGGGCAAGCAAAGGAAGCCGUCCAUGAAUACCAUCACCAACACGUUUUGGCACGGUAAGCCGCCACGAGAAAAACCGGACCCCGAGGUCGUGGCGGCUCGGCAGGCGGUGCGUGCCAUGUUCGAUCGCCUCGCGGAGCCGAGGCAGAUCCCCUCUAAGGAGGACGACAAAUUCAGUACUUUCCGUAAUGCUGAUCGACGUCUUGCGAAGAGCUACAGAUAAAACCAAAACACAGUCGCGAGCGCUGAAAUAAAGUACGUACUAAACGUGAGCUGCAGCUGCAUGAAGGUAAAAUGCUAUUUUUCACAAACGCUGUUGCAGAAAAAUUCGAAUUGCUUCAUGAAAUUCUAUGACAGAAAACCAAGUCGUCGCCAAGCGGACAGCGGAGGAGCAGCGACUCGCGUGCGAACGGCUGAUGCAGAAAAAGGAAAGCAGCGCGUCCCACGCAGGUCCGUCCUUGCAAGAGGAUGUGGUCGUGGCUGACAGGACUGCAGAAGAGUCGUCGGAGAACAUCAAGCGGGGUAGCAGUCAGAAAGCUGCUCCUUCCGCCGGGCCGGUGCGCUCGGCCGCGCAGCAACCGCAAACUUUUACGGUCGGUGCCGCGUAUCGUGCCAAAAUCUUGCCGGACAAGAGGAAAGGAGCCAAGGCAGCACACGCUAAUUUGGGAGGGGGCGUCGUGCUGCGCGGGCCGCCGGCGAACAGGCAUACGAACGCGGUGAAGAGUAAACCUAGUGCGCGCUUCGAGUGGCUGUUCAGCAAAAUUGCAGCCGACAGCCAAGUUCUGGUACUUUUUUUUUGGCAUCUUCCGUUUUGUCUCUGUGUGAAAGCUCUACGUGUUUCGCGUCCGCCUCCCAAAAGACGAGUUUUUCAUUUUCCUGCUCUGGAGGAGCUUGUGUGUUGUGAGAGUGACAGAUAUAGGGACCUCUAAGACUGUGGAACGAAACGUCGCUGGCAAAAUGGAAGCACUAUUACACAACAACCGACUUGUUCGACGCCAGGAGCUGCUGGCAUUUACCCAAACGGAAGAUUUGUGUGUUCGCUCCACGAAAUAAUGCAAAAAAAAAAUAGGUGAACUUCACAAACCUGCGGGGGAACGACGCACGCGAGCUCUUGGAGGAGUGCCUGUGGACGGCAAUCAUGCUAUCUUGAGGAAAAAUUCGUCCUUCUCUCCGUACUAUGUGAAAGGAGAUUUCAUCUGAUGUUGCACUUGCAUACACUACAAGAAAUCCACUACGUCUUACAUGUGGGGGAAACAAGAGCAACCGGGCACAUUCUUUCUCAUAUUGUAGUUGCGUUAUGGCCUACAGCAGAGUAGAUGUGAAGAGCGUGUUUAGCUGCUCGGCUCCUGCCGCGCACCUUCUAAACGCGCCUGCUAGGACCACAGGCCGACGACUUGUACACUCAAAGCGGCAUUGCAAAUGUCCCCUUGAUGCAGUAUUUUCGGGAGGGAGGAUUUUUCGUUCUGACACAAGGUACAGACACAGAGCGACGACGGCAGCAAGUUGAACCUGAGCCAGGCGAUGCUGGCGCAGAUCCCGAACUUGCCCCAGCUGUGCCUGUGGCUGUGGCAGCAGGGCGAGAUGUAUUGAGAGGAAAAAUCCCCCCUCCCCAUAUCGAAAAGGUAUGUUUCCGAAAAAUUGUCUUGCUGAUUUGAGACCACAAAUCACGUCUGUCUUGCAAGAAGACAACUAAACAGGCUCUGCCGCAUUAUGCAGGCGGUUUGUGAUGCUGUUGGGCCUACAGCAUAGACGUUGCUCAUGCUAAGCGCCUGGCCAAAACCUCUCUACUCAGGCUUGGCAGGAGCCUGCAGCCCCCUACUGCAAGACAAACCUGAUUUGUAUACGCAAAUCCAGCGUCAGAAGCUUCCUGUUGAUAUGGGGAGGGGGAAUUUUUCCUUGUGAUAAGAUGCUGAGUUCCUGGGCGUUUGGAAAAAUUGAAACCGAAUUGCCUUUACUAUUCAACGCCAUAUUCCACGUUCGGGACGACAACGCCCACGAGCGCAGCAUGCCGCCGAGCGAACUGCAAGCUUUGCUCUUGGGCGGGCACCGCGACCGGGGUGACGAAGAGUUGAGAAGUGGAGCUUCUUCUUCAUCUACAGGUAGCAUGUCGAGUCACCGGGUGUACCCGUUUUCAAAGGACACACGGUCGGAGGUCAUUCUCGAAAAGCAAGCGGAGUGCCACCGCAUCGUACAGGAAAUGCAGAAGACCAAAGACCUGCACAGCUUGAUCUCUUUGGAGGAGCUCCGGUUGCUGCGUGACUGGCUGCUGGAACUCGCCGCCGUCGGGAUUGGCGUUCAGCAGCAAUUUGUGCAGGAGGGGGACGAAGGAGAGAAAAGUUCUUCCAUCGAGCAAGAUCAUACGCUGACAAGAACCGGAGAAGUAUCACGAAAAGUAGAGUUGUCCGGCGGUGCAGCUGGCGGACCAGAGGAGCCUGCUUGCACAGUAGAAAAGAAGAUGACUGGGGAGGCGGUGGAGCCGGGCCAGGAGAGCGAGGAAGCCGCGGGUAUCAAGACUGUGAAGACCACCUUCGGGUUCCCUACUACAGGUCUUACUUCAGGUAGAAGCGUCAGCACGGGAUCCGCGGUUGUAAUAAAAAAAGCAAAAGAGAACGUCAAACAAGAUGAAUUCACUUUCGAGGAGGAACCCGAGGAAAGCACGAGCGCGGAAGACCCGAGCACGAGUGUGGGCGAGGAAGGGCAGCAUUUGCUUCCUGGAGCGUCGUCCUCGUGCAGUUCGUCUUUGGAAGAGCUGGAGGCCACGACUCUGGAGGAGGUUGCCGCAUCCGCCUCUACGACACUAACCACAACCGCGACCACGACCGGGCCGGGUGCGCACAGUGGAGCGCAAGAAGGGAUCGAGAGACCACGACCUGGUGCUUCUGCUGCUGCUGGUGUGCUGGGCGGGAGAGGACCGGGACAGGAAACCGACGGAGGUCAUGAGACAAAAGCGUUUGCGACUUCUUUGUCUUUCCCCCCCUUGUGUAAUCCAAAGAGCACGUCGGUACCGGAGCAAGCUUCUUCUACCUCCUUGUCAGCGUGCGUCGACCGCUGCGACGAAGAGGAGCGGAGCAAGGGUGCCGCAGGUGCAGAUCCAAAGAUAAAAGUCCACGUCGGUCAAGAAGAGGUAUCAGGAGCUGCGAGCUGCGCAGAGCCGGCUCUGGUGGCAAAGAAAAAGCGAUUGUCGAAGUUGAGUUUUUGGACGAAAGACUCGUUUGUGUGACGAUUAUUUGUCGUGAGGAGCAGGUGGACUCCCGCAGGUUGUGCGUCCUGCAAUCUGGACUUAGAAACGCAGGUAGCAUCAAGCCGAAUUCAUCGAGCGCGGCAGUGCAGAAGGAAGUACUUAGAACACUACUGUAUUGGAAGUGACAGUGGACUUGGAGUUCUCAGCCUCUGCAAGUAAAGGACGCAUAAGACUUCAGGAAGCAGAUUAUGAUGCAACAAGCAGUCC